AUGGUCCAAGCUGCUGAGGGAAGUGAACAAGGCGUUCAGAGGGGAGAAAUCCAGGUCUCGACUAGUCGCAAGCGUGCCCGAGAGCCGGAUAUGGAGGAUGAUGGCGACACGCCGCGCAAAGGCGGCCACGGAAAGCGAUUGACGACGAAAGAGGAGGUCUCGCUACUCGGAAUAUGCAAUCGGCAUGCGGGCAAAUUCGGCAGACGCAGCGAUAUCUGUAACUGGUGGAAGCUCGUUGCGGAAGAAUUCACUAAAGCACAUGGGAGGCCGUAUUCGUGGUAUUCGGUUCGACGGAAAGUGGAACUCGUAACGAAGCAGAGGAUGAAGUUCCUCGACGAGCAGCAGCAGCGACAGAGAGAUUUCUCAGGGCAGAAUCCUGUUGAAGAUGUCAUGAAUCCGGAGUGGUGUGCAGCUCUCGAUGCCUGGAUUCCGGUUUGGCAGAGGUGGGAAGAGGCGGAGGCGAAACGAAUUGCAAAGCGCGAUGAGAUGGUGAUGCGGAAGCGUUCGAAUCCCAAAAAUCAGGAUGGACGGAACAAGUUGAAAGGGCCUGGAGAAAGAAUUCUUAAUCUUGGUGUCCCUUCGUUUGGUCCUCCAGACGGAAUGGGACUUGAUACCGGCAACCCAUUCCAUGAGGAUAUGACAAUACAUCCAACUGUGGAUAAUAUUCUCUCGCAUUCUACCCCAACACUCGCUCAUCCGCCUGUGGCUGCUCCGUUUGAGACACCUUCACCACUGUCAAAUUCACUCAGGUUACCGCCUGGAUUUGCAGACAUGUUCUCAAAUCCCUAUCCUGCCAGCCAACCAUCUCCUAUUAUGCCUGUUCCCACGAACACCGGUCCCGCUGCCCCCGUCACCAACGCCAAUAAUACACAUUCGGAACCAUCAAACAACAAUCCUGUUUUCAACGCUGUUUUAGAAACACUUGGCAAGUUGAACAAACACCUCGAUGCCGCCUCCGGAAAUGGCGCUACUGAUGCCCAUACUUCGCCUGUAAUUUCAGCUCUGGUCCAGGCAGCUUCGGAGUCAAAUACCCAAAGCGGCCCUCCCCAAGAAAACCAAGAACCCCAAGAACGAGACUCGUCUCAGAAUGCAAACUCCCUUGAAAUCGGCCAAAUCAAAGAAGAUCUGCGAAAAGAACUUCGCGAGGAACUUCGACAAGAAUUCGAACGCGAACGGGCUGUUUGGGAAGAGAAGUUCGAUUCGGUCCAGAGAACACAGGAGAUGAUUCUAGAAAUGUUGCGGCAAGAGCCUACUUGA